AGCCCUCGACGGCGCCGUCGCCGGCGGCCGUAAGUGUUGGGCGGGCGUCCGCACCCGGACGCGGUAUGGAGCGCCGUGGAUUUCAGUUUUUCUGACUGAUAUAUGAAAGGAUGAUUGCUAACAAACAGAAAAAGACAAAGAAAAAACGUGUUGUGUCAUCAGGCCAGCUCUCUACUGAUGAAAUGGGGCUCAAGUCUGUAAGUUCCAACUCUGUUUUUGAUCCGGAUUACAUCAAGGAGUUGGUGAAUGAUAUCAGGAAGUUCUCCCAUAUGCUAUUGUAUUUGAAAGAAGCUAUUCUUACAGACUCUUUUAAAGAAGUCAUUUAUAUACGUCUGGAUGAACUUCUCUGUGUGUUAAAGUCUGUAAUGAAUAAACAUCAGAACCUCAAUUCUGUUGACCUUCAAAAUGCUGUAGAAAUGCUUACUGCAAAAGUAAAAGCUGUGAACUUCACAGACGUUAAUGAAGAAAACAAAAAUGACCUCUUCAGAGAAGUAUUUUCUUCCAUUGAUUCAUUGGUCUUUACCUUUGGGAAUAUCCUGACAAACUUCCUUAUGGGAGAUGUAGGCAAUGAUUCAUUAUUCCAAAUGCCUGUUUCUCGGGAAAAUAAGUCUUUUGAAAAUAUUUCUAUGGAAUCAGUGGACUCAUCCAAUGGAAAAGUACAUUUUUCUCCUGUAGAACUAGACAGCAUGCUGUUAAAGAACACUGACUCUGUAGAACUGGCCUUGUCAUAUGCUAAAACAUGGUCAAAAUAUACCAAGAACAUAAUGUCAUGGGUUGAAAAAAAGCUUAACUUGGAAUUGGAGUCCACUAGACAUAUUGUCAAGUUGGCAGAGGCAACUAGAACUAACUUUGGACUCAAGGAGUUCAUGCCACUGCAGUCUCUAUUUACCAAUGCUCUUCUUAAGGAUAUAGAGAGCAGUCACCGUUUACAACAAACAAUUGCAGCUCUCCAAGCCAACAAAUUUGUGCAGCCUCUACUUGGGAGGAAAAAUGAAAUGGAAAAACAAAGGAAAGAAAUGAAAGAACUUUGGAAACAGGAACAAAAUAAAAUGCUCGAAACAGAGACUGCUCUUAAAAAGGCAAAAUUGUUAUGUAUACAACGUCAAGAUGAGUAUGAAAAGGCAAAAUCUUCCAUGUUUCGUGCGGAAGAGGAGCAUCAGUGCUCUAGUGGUGGAUUAGCAAAAAAUCUUAACAAGCAGCUGGAAAAAAAGCGAAGGCUGGAAGAGGAGGCUCUUCAAAAAGUAGAAGAAGCAAAUGAACUCUACAAAGUUUGUGUGACAAAUGUUGAAGAAAGACGAAGUGAUCUAGAAAAUACUAGAAAAGACAUUUUAGCACAACUCCGAAAGCUUGUUUUUCAGUGUGAUCUUACCCUUAAAGCUGUAACAGUUAACCUUUUCCAAAUGCAACAAGUACGGGCUGCCUCCCUUGCGAACAGUUUGCAGUCUCUUUGUGAUAGUGCCAAACUCUAUGAUCCAGGCCAAGAGUAUACUGAAUUUGUCAGGGCCACGAGUUCAACCGAAGAAGAUAAAGUUGAUGGACCUUCUGACUCUUUAGAGGAUGUUGCACGCCUUCCUGACAGUUGUAGUAAGAUUGAAGAGGACAGGUGCUCCAACAGUGCAGAUAUCACAGGUCCUUCUUUUAUAAGGUCAUGGACAUUUGGGAUGUUCAGUGACUCUGAGAGCACUGGAGGAAGCAGCGAGUCUAGAUCUCUGGAUUCAGAAUCUAUAAGUCCAGGAGACUUUCAUCGAAAACUUCCACGAACUCCAUCCAGUGGAACCAUGUCUUCUGCAGAUGAUCUAGAUGAAAGAGAGCCACCGUCCCCUUCAGAAGCUGGACCCAGUUCACUUGGAACAUAUAAGAAAACAUUGAUGUCAAAGGCAGCUCUCACUCACAAGUUUCGCAAGUUGAGAUCCCCCACGAAGUGUAGGGAUUGUGAAGGCAUUGUGGUAUUCCAAGGUGUUGAAUGUGAAGAGUGUCUCCUUGUUUGUCACCGAAAGUGCUUGGAAAAUUUAGUCAUCAUUUGUGGUCAUCAAAAACUUCUGGGGAAAAUGCACUUAUUUGGAGCAGAAUUCACACAGGUUGCAAAAAAGGAACCAGAUGGCAUCCCUUUUAUACUCAAAAUAUGUGCCUCAGAGAUUGAAAGUAGAGCUUUGUGUCUACAGGGAAUUUAUCGUGUAUGUGGAAACAAGAUAAAAACAGAGAAAUUGUGUCAAGCUUUGGAAAAUGGGAUGCACUUGGUAGACAUUUCAGAAUUUAGUUCACAUGAUAUCUGUGAUGUCUUGAAAUUAUACCUUCGACAGCUCCCAGAACCAUUUGUUUUAUUUCGAUUGUACAAGGAAUUUAUAGACCUUGCAAAAGAGAUCCAACAUGUAAAUGAAGAACAAGAGACAAAAAAGGAUAGCCUCGAGGACAAAAAGUGGCCAAGUACAUGUAUAGAAAUAAACCGAAUUCUUCUAAAAAGCAAAGACCUUCUAAGACAAUUGCCAGUAUCAAAUUUUAACAGUCUUCAUUACCUCAUAGUACAUCUUAAGCGGGUCGUAGAUCAUGCUGAAGAAAACAAGAUGAACUCCAAAAACUUGGGGGUGAUAUUUGGACCAAGUCUCAUUAGGCCAAGGCCCACAACUGCUCCUAUCACCAUCUCCUCUCUUGCUGAAUACUCAAAUCAAGCACGGCUGGUAGAGUUCCUUAUUACUUAUUCCCAGAAGAUCUUUGAUGGGUCCCUACAGCCACAAGAUGUCGUCGUGUGUAGUACCAGCGGUGUGGCACCUCCGGUGGAGCAAGGCUGUAUUCUGAAGCCUCUGUUAUCACCAGAAGAAAGAGACCCAGAGCAUUUCAUGAAGCAGCUGUUUUUCUCUUCAAAGGAAGAUGUCCAUACUGCAGGCAGUGAAACCAAAAUUCCUGAACCAGCUGCAUCAUAUGAGGAAUCAGAACAAAAGCAGAAUGCGUUAGAAAAAUGUGAUGCAUGUCUCAUUGACAACAGAGUUCAUUGGCUUACUGACCAAGAGCUUGAUUCAGCAUCACAAAAGAUGGAAGAUGUUUAUAAAUCCUCCAAGCCAUUAACUCUAAAAUCCAAUAGGGAAACUAACAGUAUUGUUGAGAGGUAUACUCCAAGGACCAAGACUAGACCUGUAAGUUUGCCUGUCGAUAGACUGCUGCUUCUUGCAAGCUCUCAUGAGAGAAAUGGCAGAAAUAUCGGAAAUGUAAAUUCAGACAAGCUUUGCAAGAAUCCUACCUUUGAAGGAGUUAAUAGAAAAGACACCCCUAGUGUUUGUUGCAAAUUUGAUGGCUUUGACCAGCGGACUCUACAAAAAACUGGAGAUAAACAAAAUGACCUGAAUGCAAAGACUUCAGUGAUCGUAUCCAGUACACUCCAGGAAGGAGUGGUGACGAGCACCAGGAUUGAUGGGGACCCUCCAGUCAGUGCCACCCAGCCCAGUAAGCCAUACACAGAACCAGUCAGGUCAGCAAGACAAGUGUCGGAGAGAAGGUCCUCUGACUCCUGCCCUCCUGCUCCUGUCAGAGCACCCAGAACACUCCAGCCCCAGCACUGGACAACGUUCUAUAAGCCACGUGCUCCUGCUGGUAGCGUGAGGGGGGUUGAGGACAAACCUGCAGCAUCCUCCCCAGCUCAUGCUCCUCAGGGGCACGUGCUGAAAUCAACUCCAGACUCAGAAAAUGCACCAGCUUGCCCCGUGCAGCCACCAAGUGAGCCUAAAGAGAACUCCGAGGAACAUGACUUGCCCAGUGUGCAUCCAACGUGUCAGAGGCCGAGGCUUAAACGGAUGCAACAAUUUGAAGACCUUGAAGAUGAAGCCCCACAAUUCGUGUAGAAUUGACAGAAUUCAGCUUUUCUUUUUUAAGUGUUGGUAUUUUGUUUGUUUUAUGAAAGAAGUUUUGACAGGGCCCCUUUUGUGUAGGAUUGCCAAAUACGGAUUUUGCUUUUUGUCAUUGUAUUGUGUUACCCUGUGUUGGUUAUAUUGAAUGGUAGACUGUUUUUGGUAGGGCCACGUCUGUGUCUCACUGGAAUUAUCUGUAUUUUUGAAGUUGUGAAUAAGUAGGUGGACUCAUAUUUUUUAAAGUCUGGUUGAUUUUCCCCAUAAAAUGGUCCAUUUAAAUGCAUCCCUAAUAUAUGAUAUAGUUUUCAACUAAUAGCUGCAAUAGGGAAAAAUGAGCUUUAUUUUUUUGAAAUGAAACUUUGUGCUUAUUUAUAAAAGGAAUGUUUCUGAAUGCAAGUGCCUGAAAGAUCUUUGUUUAGUAUGAUUGUUUUUUAAACACAAUUUUAUAGUACAUCUUUGACCAUUGUGCAUUUACGGUAUGUAUGUAAGCUUUUAUUUUUCAGUUGGCAGUUUACUUAACUUUUAAAUAUUUACAUAAUGGCCAAAAGGCUUGCAAAUUUGUAUUUAAUUGUAUUUCAGUUAAUUGCCAGAUUUACAAAUGGUAGUCAGUUGAAUUGUACAAGGAAAAUGCACUUAAACCUGUUUCUAAAUUAUAUAGUGCAGUUAUGUCGUAUUUGGCUUUAGAUGGUUUUAAUACAUUUAAUAGUUUUUUACCUUUUGGCUUUGUUCUGCAUAAACUUUUGUUGUUCAACAGUUCUGAACCUUUUGGUAUUUUAUGGUCCAAAAAAUGUUUUAAAAUUUAAUGCAUUUCCUCUUGAUAUUAUCUAGAUUUUACAAAAACAAACCAAACAUUUCUUUUUUAUGAAAUGUUUUUACUUAUGAAUAAUUUUGUGUACGUUUUCUACCUGGACAAUGUAUGUUUCAUCUGAACCGUGCAAAGAUUUAUUUAAGUUGAUUCUAAGUAUAGUUCAGUAAGCCUCAUUGUUUGGAAUUUGAGAGGAGGUAUCGAUGAUUGGAUAUAUUUCACGUAUAAAAUUCCCAGUUUUUAGAACUAGUGCAGUUCUGUUAUUUUCUGGGUUUCAUCAUUUUGCCUAAAAUAGGAUAUAAAAGGGACAAAAAAUAAAAUAGCCUCCUUUUGUAUGUGUGAAUUCUAUUUGUAGUAAAUGCUUUUGUAUGACCAUAUUGUACUUGAUACAAAAAUAUCUAUAUAUAUAUAGAUAUAUAUAUAUAAACCUGUUAAAUUAUUGCAAGUUCUUGUGGCUUUUCUGAAAUUGUUGCCUCUUAGGGGGUGAAAUUUUAAGACUUAUUAACGGUUGGCUUAGUGAUCAACACUAGGCCCAUAGCCCCUUGACUGGAUACAACAUGGAAUGCAUUUUACAGGAAG